CAGGAUUCUCUAAAAGCAACAACACAGCAUCUUCGUAGUAUUAGCAAUGGCAAUUUUCUCGAAAGUUCUUUCCAAAAUUGACGUAGAGGGAAGGCUGUCGCUCACUCUGGAUGAUAACGAGGCAGCGUUGCCACCGUCCUUGGGAGAACAGCCCGUGCUUUUGCAGGUGAAGGAUGAGGAUGGAGGUCUGUGGAGCUUCCGGCGGUGUACAAUAUUAAAGAGAUCUGGGAUUCGUCCCAAACUGUUAAUUGACGAUUCGCGUCAGUUUGUUCGUAGUCGAGGUCUGAACAUUGGCGAUGAGAUUAAUCUUUUCUGGGAAGAUGAUAGAGCUUCCGGCCGACGUGAUCGUCAGCACAAGAUUGAAGUGAUCAGGAAGAAUCGUGUUUCGAAUCAUUGAUGUAUAUAAACCAACUGAGGAUAGAUCAGUACGUAUUCCAAUUAAUCUCAAAUUUUCAAUUGCUUUUUUCCUUUUUCCUUUUCUAUUUGCAGCAAGUACAUUUGUUUUUGCCAUGGGUUAUUGGUGUUAUUAGCUCUCAGGUAUUAUAUUUAUUAUGUUUGGAUGGAUUUCAAACAUUAUCUUAUUAGUGGAUGUAUCAUGUUUGGUUGAAUUUAUUGGGCUAAGAACUCUUUAGAACAAAGUUCAUUCCUAUUU